CAGCGGCCCGCCUCAGUGCUGGCUCAGCCAACGCGGAGGGAAGAGGUGCCGUGUCGCUCGUUCCUUCAGAGCUCCCGAGAGAGAGAGAGUGCGCCUGGCCGGUGCAAGUGCGAGUGCCAAGGACCGCAGCGAGCAGGUUCUCCCCCUGGGUUCUCCUCGCUGGGAAAUGACUGUUGAACCUGUCUUCUCGCGGCUUAGGAAACCACUACGGGACGCAUGAUGCUUCUGCAAGGAAUGCUAUAGGAUGUUUUGUAUAUCACGCUCCGAUCGCACGCCAGUGGUACCAAUGGUAGAUUAAAACGGAUAAAUCUCGUAAGGAAAGAUCGGUCGAGAAGCGCCCAAGCUCGUAGUAAAAUUUCAGUGACCUUUUUGCUGUGGUUGACCCGAAGGACCGAGAGCAGGAUGUGCCCUAACAAGGGUUCCUUCGCCGGGGGAUGCCUGUAGUCCGCCCACGACUUUGAAAAGUGAGAGAGACCAAAUCCGCGCGCCAUGCAGUGGACUAGCCAUCACGGGCGUACGGGCGUGGGCGUUCUCAUGGUGUUGACUUUGGUGCUGCCCACACACUUGCAGGGCGUGGCGGAAGGGAAGGUCCACCACAGUCGCCUCCAAGAGGACGCUUUAGAUCUUCCAGACACCGCCGGUCACAGUCACAAGGUGGACGCUAGGUUCUCAGGUCAUCAUACUCUUUCGCCCAAAUUACUGCGCCGGAGAUCGAACGACGAAGCGGCCAGACAGCAGCAGCACCAUCAACACCACCAGCACCAGAAUCAUCACCACCAUCGCGAAAACCAUCAUCACCACAGUUACAGUCAUCACAGCAAUCAUCACAACCAGCAUCACCAGUCACAGCAACUGAAACAACCCAAGCAAGAACACCAACAGCACCACCACCACCAACAGAAACAACCAAAACACCCCCAACACCACCAACAGAAACACCCCCAACACCAACAACACCACCACCACCCCGUCAGCUACCCAGACAGCCGGCGCUUCGGAGGCAGGCAAUCGGUCGAGAGAGGAUUCGCCUUUCGGGCUGACGAAGAGAACGGCGGGCGUGUGGGCGUGUAUCCUGUGGGUUCUCCUGACGAAGGCGGUGCGUCGAACCCCCCCAUGGACGCAGCAGCGAUAGGGCCUCCUCCAGGACCGAGCUUCGACAAGACCCUGCCGAGGAACGUCACCAUCCAGGCGGGCAAGAUGGCGAUACUGUCUUGCAGGGUGUUCAAUAUUAAUGAUAAGUCGGUAUCCUGGAUUCGCCUGGACGACCUACACAUCCUCACCGUUGACAAAUACAAGUACAGCACCGAUCAACGCGUGUCCGUGGUGUUCAACGAGCCAAAUCUGGAGUGGGUGUUACGAAUCCGCAGCGUCACGCCGGCAGACCAGGGGCGUUACGAGUGCCAGGUGUCGACGAAACCCGUGCUGAGUUAUAUUGUGAACAUGAGGGUGGUGGAUGGCCCAGUCACCACGCCCUUGCCAGAUCUCCAAAUCACGGGAAAGCAGGAAGAUGGUAAUAAGCAGAAAGUUCCCAGAGCGUGGAUUCUUAACGCUCCUGAGAUCUACGUGCAUCGUGGUUCACCAAUAAACCUUACGUGCGUCAUCACCCAUGGCACAGAGAGACCCGUUUUCGUCUAUUGGUACCAUGAGAACAAGGUGAUAGACUACGACGGGCGAGGGGGCGUGUCCGUGUCCACCCAGACGACGAAGGACACGGUGAGUUACCUGCUGGUGGAGGAGGCGGGGCUCAGCGACUCCGGCAGGUACACGUGCAGCCCUUCGAACGGAGAAGAUGCCUCCGUCAGGCUGCAUGUGCUCAAUGGAGAGUACCAGGCCGCCAUGCAGACCAACAGAGGCUCCACGUCCACCUUCCCGUGGAAGCUCCACCUCUUGCUGACAGCUAUCCACAUGGUCUAUUCACUCUUCCACCUCCUGGAUGGCAGGAAUUCCUAACCACAUUCGCUCGCCGCUUCAUCCUGUCGAGAAAAGAAGGUGAAAUGAAACGACAAUUUUGCACAAAAUACGGACACGUCUGAGACACCAGCACGGUCUUCAGGAAAGAAAAAAAGGAGACGGAAAGAAAAAAUGAAAAGGAGGGAAAGAGAAAAAAAUAUAUAUUAAACGAAAAAAACGAAAAGAAAAUCAGAUGAACGUUAAAAUAGAAACCAAAAAGGAAAAUAGUAGAAAAGAGAUAUAUAUAAAAAUAUAUAUCUAUCAAAACAAAAGAAAAGAAAGAAAAUAACACAAAAAAUAUUCAAAUAGAGGUGACUCGAAACUUUUCGAAGCUUCGUUUACUUAUACGAUGAUGCUUCGUCGGUCUUCCAUAGUGAUGGGUAUUUCGAGACAAGAACACGCCAGCCAUUUAAGUGUCACUCGAACAUGGCGUCGUGCUGACGUCUUGGAGUAAAACAGCAAAGGGAGUGGGCGGAGUUUACAGCCGAAUCACGCUUCUCGAGGAAAAAGGUGAAGGAAGGAAAAAUUGAAAAGAAAAAAAAAGGAGGAAACGAGAGAUUGGAAAUAAGGAUAAUGUUUGAAAAUACAUCGAGAGAAAUGAAGCUCGGAGAGAGAUUAUAGUGAUGAAAGACUUUCAUAUGAGACUGGAUUUUUUGUGUGAUAACAUAUAUACAUCAUAUAUAUAUAUAUAUAUAUAUAUAUAUAUAUAUAUAUAUAUAUAUAUAUAUAUAUACACAUACACACACACAGAUUAUAUUGUACCUACCAGGGACUGUGUUUCCCUCCAGCUGUCAAAUUUGCGCUAAAGACUCUGAAAACCUCAAUUCAUUUGUGUAAAAAAAAAAGAAAACUAAUCACUUAAGUUUAGACAUAAAUUUGUU